UUGACGCACCUGAACGCAAACUCUGACCCAUGCGUACGGACUUUUUCCUGUAGAGAGAUGAAGUAAAUAACUAUUUUAAACUAUAUGUAACUGUAACUGUAUGCAUCACAUAGUUCACACAGGACUGGCGGGAAAUGUGCAUCGAUGCACCUUUAUUAUGUACGUUACUUGGUUUAUUUUCAUAGGUGAACUGUCUUUGUAGUGUUAAGGGAAAGUACCUCCGCAGCGUGUGUUAUCAAACUAGAGAAAGACAGAGUCUUUGCUGCUUGCCACAAUAAUUCGCUAUUUUUCUGCACUAAACAAGCAAAUGCUUGUAACAGUUUUUUUAAAAAUUUAUUAUUAUACCCUCUAAUGAAAAGUACAUUGGUUUUCACAUCUCUUGAUGGCAGUCCCUUCACUACUGGAGAAACGUAUGUGGUGUUGUUAUUUGCACCAUGAAUAAGUUAGUGCCCAGAAUAAGUAGCCUCAAGAUGAUAACCAGGAGAGGGAAUAUUAUAUGCUUACUUGAGUCCUCCUACAAGAAGGGGCAUUCCCCUUAACGGAGUAUAGAUGAAGUGGCUCGUGAUCUGUAUAGACUUGUUUGCAGUAGAAACUGUCUAAGGCAGUGACACAGUACACCCAAAGAUAUCGAAAGUAUAUUUUUACAGGUGUUUCAUUACUCCUCCUGGAACCAAGAAAGUCAGAACAUGGAAAAUCAAGACACUGCUGCUGUUGAUGCAAUAAAGGCAUUGGGCGAGUCCACUCUGGAAAAGGCUACAGCAAAAGCUAAAAAAACAUUUGACCAGUUUGUUAAUGUCUCACUUAACAUCGCUGUGACUGGAAAGACAGGAUCAGGAAAAUCCUCCUUUGUAAAUGCACUUAGAGGUCUAAAGGAUGAAGAUGUUGGAGCAGCACUUACUGGAGUCACAGAAACUACAAUGGUGUCCACCAUGUAUGAACAUCCUGGAAUGCAAAAUGUGAAUAUCUGGGACCUGCCUGGAAUAGGAACCCCAAACUUCAAAGCAAAAAAGUACCUGAAAGAUGUCAAGUUUGACACCUAUGAUUUCUUCAUUAUCCUUGCCUCAGAGAGGUUCACAGAGAAUGACAUCAUGCUGGCUAAAGAAAUAAGAAAACAGAAGAAAAGCUUUUACUUUGUUCGUUCCAAGAUUGACAAUGACAUGUCUUCAGAGAAAAAGAAAAAAGGAUUUGAUAAGCAGAAGGUUCUUUCCAUAAUAAGAGAGGAUUGUCAGAAAAACCUGAAAGACCUGGGAGACCCCAAAGUUUUCUUGAUAUCGUCUUAUGAUUUGGAGGAAUAUGAUUUUGAAUCACUUCAAAACACUCUCGAAGAUGAUCUUCCAGAACACAAGAAGUAUGCUCUUCUACAAGCCUGGCCAGUGUGUUCUGCCGCAUCUCUUGAGAAGAAGAUCAAGAUGUUUGAACGGAUGAUCUGGGCUGCAUCUCUUGCCUCUGCUGGUGUAGCAGUUAUCCCUGUGCCUGGCCUAUCAGCAGCAUGUGAUGUAGGCAUAGUCGUGCUUUUCCUCACAAGGUGCUACUAUGCAUUUGGUUUGGAUGAUAGAUCACUGACAAGGCUUUCAGAGAAAGUUAACAAGCCCCACCUGAAAGAUUUGGCCAAAUCUAAAUUUGUUACUGCCAUCCGAGAAAAAGCACUGAUCAGAUUGCAAGCGUCUGCUGCGCUCGCUGCCAUUUCUACUGUUGAAUAUUUGUUGAGUCUCCUUCCAGGUGUAGGCAGUGCUGCUGCUGCAGGAAUAUCCUUCGCUACCACUCAGUACCUCUUGAGAGAAGGAGUAAAUGAUCUGGCAAAUACUGCUCGAGUAAUCAGAAAAGAAGCUGGGCUUGCUUCUGUUCAUUGAGCUAUGUCCUACAGAGCAUGUAAAAGAUACAAAAAAGGGAAUCUGCACAUCAAACUAAAUGCAAAGUUAAAGGUCCUUUGAAUAAAAUUUGAUCACUGAAGAUUUACAUGGAAGUGGCAACAAAACGAAAUUGCAGUAACAAAAAUGUGACCGUGCGCACAAAUAAAAAGAAAAAAGCAAACUUUCCAGUCCGUGCUGGACUAUCUUCAGUGCUAAAGAUUACAACAAUGCUUAACAAACAUUUAAGAUCAAGGCACAAAUCGGAGACAUCAGAUAAUUAAGUGAAUCAGUUUCCAACAACGCAGGUGAUUUUUUAAAUUUUACCUAUAGUACAUAAGUCUCUUAGCAAUAUUCCUGGCCGGCCUAUAAUGUCUGGGAUUGGAUCACUUACUAAACCCAUUUCCAAUUUUAUUGAUGCCCAUUCAACCUUUAGUGGUUCAGUUGCCAUCAUAUCUUACAGAUACUGGUGACUUCCUUGAAAUGUCACAUAUUCGAGACCUUAAUGAUAACAUCUAUUUGACAACUCUUGAUGUUACUAGUUUAUAUACUAAUAUUCCUCACUCUGUGGGCUUACUGGCUUUAAAAUUGUUUUUGAAAACAAGAGAAAACAAAAUACCUUCUGAUUUAUUGGUUGAAAUGGCAAAAUUGGUUCUUUCUAAGAAUUACUUUAGAUUUCAGGGCGAUUUUUCAAGGUACAACUAUGGGAGUGACUUUUGGCCCUGAUUAUGCCAAUUUAUUUGUGGGUUAUUUGGAACAUAAAUAUGUAUACAAUAAUAAUCUUUUUUCAACUAAUAUUGUCUUCUAUCAACAUUAUAUUGACAAUAUCUUUAUGAUUUUCAGUGGUAGAGAAGCAGAAUUGUUCAUAUUUUUGACUAUAGAACAUGUAAGUGUAGGGUUUGAUACAUAAAUAUAAUUUUAAUUUAGCUCAAAGGGAAUCAUUUAUGAUUUUAUAGGUAAUUUGAACAGAAUCACUGUUUUGCGGCUGAUCACUGAGUCGGCAGCGAUUCACUGAACGAGCCGUAUAACAUCAACUCUGCACUGGAUAUUAAAAUCCAAAAUAUAGUGAAAACACUAUUAAUAAGCACAGUAACAAGAUCGGCAGAUUAAGACAUUAACUUGUAAGCACAAAACACAAGAUACUUCUCUUUUGAAUAUAAAUAAGACUUUAUUUAUAUAAACCUAAGACAUAAACUAAUCUAACAUGAACACACGCAUUCACACAUUCACACGUUGCAGAAAGAGAGAAAGGAUGAGUUUAGAGAAUGAGAAUGUGAAAUCCCAAGUUUAUAGCAAUAUGUGCUAUCACAUAGACCUGAACAAACCAUCAAUCACUUAUUUAACCCUCGCACUGAGUUUUGCAAUGAGGCUAAAUUUUAUAUUAAAUGCACCAGUUCAGUUAGACCUGGAGGUACUUGCUUGCGUUGCCUUUGUGUUACAAGGAUUCCCUUCUGUCGUCGUUGUUGCAGGAAAAGGGGUUUCCCGAGUUGGUGAUUGGCUGGAAGUUCAGUAGUCUUUGAAGGGAUGUCUUGGGAAGCCAAUGGUUGGGCGUUGGCUGAGGAUGGUUUUGGAGUCCGUUGCUGGUUGAAGUUUGAAGCAGGUGAAGUCGGAGCUGGACUUUGCGGCAAACUUAACUUUUGAACACGAGACUCAACGGAAAGAAAAGAAACUAAAGUAAAAGAAUAAAUUGAGUAACGAGACUAGGUGGUUUUUCCUCUCAUCGUGGUGUUAAGUAGCAACUGGCCAGUAGGCUAGAGCACGCUCAAAGAGCGCUAAAACAGCGUCAAAACGCGGUGACGAGAAGAAGAAGAGGAGAAGGGAAGAUUUGAUGGUGUCCUGAGGUUUUAAACUCGGCUUUUUGGACACAUCCCAUCUGGUGUCUUGACCAAUUAGAUAGGCUAUUAUCUUAGCUAGGGUUGUUCCUUCCAUCAUAAAUCAGUUUGUUAUCAGGUCACAUGGUCUGAAUUUUACACACUCUUGCAAAGUAUAAUUUUGGAUGUGAUUUCUAUAACCAGAAUAUGAUACAUUUGACAAAGAAUCAGUUGGAAGAAACGUUUCAAGCUAGAAAUGUCAAACUCAUACAUACCAAACACGACUAACCUUAAAGUCAUUCAAUAGUUAUUAGAAAGACAUACAUAAUAUGUGCUUAAAACAUGAGUCUAAUGUGUGGUUACAUACAUAAUAUAGUGUUAUGCCUAGAAAAGUUCCUUUUAGGAUGAUUUUAUAUGCAUAUGAAAAGAAAGUCUCUGUGUA